CCCUGUUUUCUUUGAAGACACAUGUUGGUAGCCUUGUGUAUUUUUUCUGUUACGCAAUCAGCUGUUUUGCAAAGUAUUUUAGAGUAAAUUUUUAUAGUAAAAAUACUUAUAUAAACAUGUCAGCCAGCAAAAUUAAUAUAAUUGCGAGAACAUUUUCAUCUGCCGCAGGGCAACAAAUGAUUAAGCCCCCUAUUCAAGUUUUUGGUUUAGAAGGACGAUAUGCAACUGCACUUUUCUCUGCUGCAAGUAAACAAAAAAGUUUAGAUGUCGUUGAAAAAGAUUUAACUAAUAUUCAGGGUUUAUUGAAAACAGACAAGAAAUUUGUUGAAUUCGUCAAAGAUCCAUCGAUUAAAAGAAAAGUAAAGGCCGAUGCUUUUAAUCAAAUAGGCUCAUCAGUAAAAUUAAAUCCAGCAACAACGAAUAUGUUAAGUCUUCUUGCUGAGAAUGGACGUUUGGCAAAAUUAAAUCAAGUUGUAAAUGCUUUUAAAACAAUAAUGGCAGCAAAUCGAGGAGAAGUUGUUUGUGAAGUGAUUACAGCAAAACCAUUGGACGCUGAUAUGAAAGCAAAAUUAGAAACAACAUUGAAAAUGUUCUUAACUAAAGGACAAACAAUUUUACUCAAUACCAAAGUUGAUUCAUCUCUAAUUGGUGGAAUGGUUGUUUCUAUUGGUGAUAGAUACGUCGAUAUGAGUGUCUCUAGUAAAAUUAAAAAAUACAGCGAUCUCCUCACGGCCGCCGUUUAAUUUAUAAAAAAAAAUUAUUAAUUAUAAUUCAUUGUUAAUUAUAAUUAAUAGCUACACACUAGUUACUUUUAAUUGUGAUGGAACAUCAUCAUAAAUGCUCCCAAAUGUUCAUUCAUUUGUACGACAUGUUUAUUGUUAAAAACACGAUUUUUCAAUCACAAUCGUAACAAUCUCUUCGAAUGUAAACUUCAUGAAUAAAAGUUUCCGCGGUUUAGAAAUUAA